UUUUACUAUGUCCAUAUUUCAAGAAUACUAAUCUCUCAGAAAAGAGAUGCUGGUGGAGGCCACGCUACAACAAUUAGGACAUAUCGAGAAAGUAUGCAAAUUUGCCUAACAAGAUGUGAACAAUGAUGAAGAGAGAAUUCAUAGGAUCUUCCUAAAUUACAUCUGGGAACUCUUUACUUCUUCUGAUUCCAACAUUUAUGACAUCAGUCAUGUGGUAAAAGAUAGAUAUUUUAAGGAUAUGAUUUAAUGUUAUAUUUUUGUAUUACAAUUAGCUCAAUAUAUAGACUGAUGAAAAAAUUUAGAAUGAGAUUUCUCCACGUAUUAUAUAUCUCAUAUUUUCAUAUAUAUUAACAGAAAAAACAGUCAUGUCAAGCCUAAACAGAUGAAAUGUAUUUGUGAUUUUUUCUUGCAUUUCAUCUCUUUUCUGAGUUUAUUAUUUUGUUCUACAUAAUUCAUCAUUUCCAUAGUCUUCUAAAAUCAAUACAACCAACCUCACUGUUAAGAAGUUCAUUAUCGGAUGUGAGUUGGCCUGAAUAAGGGUUUAUAAGUAAGGGGCAAUUUUCACCUUACAAGUCGGUUUUGUAAGGAUGAGUUAGGCCCAACUUCCAAUUCUAAGUUGGUAUCAGAACCUCUCCAAGAUCCAUCGGGCCAGCCACCAAGUUUUUGUUCUUAUAAUGUUGUCAACAUCUCUUAGUUGUAGAAACAAACAACAGGAUAUUAAUGGACUAUUCUUGAUUUUUACUCACGUGUUGUACACCAGAGAAGUGAACAAUGCACAUAAACCACCAGUUAUUGAAUCAGUGCGUGGGAAUUAAAAAUCCAAGAAGACUUGAAGCAAUGCAUGAGAGUCAGUCAAGUCUUCAAAAAGAAAAUUAAUCAUUCAAUAAAGUAUGGUCCACCCUUAACUGUUCUGUUCUUGUUUAGCAAGUGAGUUGAUCAAUUAGAAUCAUAAUUUUCUUUUGUGACACUUCAAUAAAGUAUAGACCACUCUUAAAUUUACAGUAGUUUCCCAAUCCUACUAUCAUACUAUGGCAACCAUACUUGUUCUGCUAUUAUUACUGUUCUUGUUUACAUUAACAGAACCCAGCACACACGCUAUAACUCCAAAAUAUAACUCCAGUAUCAUUCCGUUGGGGUCAUGGCUCUCUCCUGAAGGUGAACAUACUUCAUGGCCAUCAAGUUCUGGCCAUUUUGCUUUCGGGUUUUACCCACACGGUAAUGGUUUUGCUGUUGGAAUAUGGUUGGUUAAUCCGUCUGAAAACACAACCACUGUUGUUUGGACUGCUAACCGUGAUGCUCGAGCAGUCUCCUCUAAAUCUAUGUUGAAUUUGACCAAGCAAGGCCUGCUUCUUCAAAAUGGAAAGGGAGAUUCACCCAUCAAUAUAGUCUCCAGAGAUACAGAGUUGGUCUAUAUGGCAUCUAUGCUAAAUUCUGGAAACUUUGUGCUUUAUUAUGAGGAUUCUUCCGUUGUCUGGCAAAGCUUUGAUCAGCCAACUGACACCAUAUUAGGAGGUCAGAAUUUGACAGAGGAUGAUUCUUUAAUCUCUAGUAUGUCCAAAUCAGACCAUUCGCGUGGUCGUUUCUAUCUCAAAGUGAAAAGUGAUGGAAACCUUGUCGCUUACCAUUAUUACAGCUCCGCAAAUGAUGUGGAUGCUUACGGGGAGUGGGACCAACAAAGCUUUCUUUGCAAAAUUGAACCUGAAAAUAAUGGACGCGGGCCAGUAUGCCCGUCCAACAGGGUGUACACGAGUUGCAUAGGUAACUAUAGUACCCGUUCUGUUCUUCCUACAAGACCUCGUUAUAGGUUAUGUUUCAACAAUAGCAAUAAGCCUGGAAAGAAGUUACACGAGAACAUCACAUCAAUCUACCGUGCAACACUAGACGUAGAUGGAAACUUGAGAUUGUAUGAGCACCAAUUUCACUUUGAGCAGGGCACCAAUAGCUCUCGCGUGGUAAUGUUGAAGCAGGCACUUAAUGAUACAUGUCUAGUGAAGGGAUUUUGUGGGUUGAACAGUUAUUGCUCCUCCAACAUGAGUGGUGAUGCUGCCUGCAAGUGUUAUCCUGGUUUCAUCCCAUCCAAGACUAAAAGUAGUACUAACAUGCCUAUGGACUGUGUACAGAUGCUUAGCAAAGAUGAUUGUGAAAUAAAUAAAGAUCGACUGUUGUUGUAUAAUUUUACUCACUUUAGGAAUAUGACUUGGGGUGAUAUUCCAUAUUCUGUUAUACCCGUGUUGAUGAUGGAAACUUGUGAGAAGGCUUGCCAACAGGAUUGUGUUUGCGGGGGAGCAAUAUAUACAAACAAUAGCUGCAAUAAAUAUAGGCUUCCACUUAUUUAUGGCAGGGUUCAAAAUGAUUCUUCCACUGUGUCUGUGGCCCUAUUAAAGAUUCCUUCUUCAACAAUUGCCAUUAUUCCACCUCCAACCUCAAACGACACUAAGCCCAAGGUUGUUGCUGACAACAAGAGAAGUCUGAUAAUGAUCUUAUCUAUUACUUUGGGUGUUGUUUCAUUGAUUUGCUUGGCCUUUGCAUUGUCCAUUUUCUUCACUUACAGGCAUCAAGUUAAUAGGUAUGCAAUGUUGUCUGAAAGUGAAAAACUUGAUUUUACAGAAGAGUGUUCCUUGCGUUCAUUUUCUUUUGAAGAACUUGCAAAAUCAACUGGGGGAUUUUCAGAAGAGAUAGGGAGAGGAUCAUUUGGAGCUGUUUAUAAAGGUAAAAUAGGCAACAAUAACAGAAGUAUUGCCGUGAAGAAACUGGAGGAGAAAAUUGAUGAUGAAGGGGAGAGAGAAUUCCAAGCAGAAAUUACUGCUAUUGCUCGAACUCAUCAUAGAAAUUUGGUUAAGCUUAUUGGUUUUUGCAUAGAAGGAUCCAAGAAGCUUCUUGUUUAUGAAUUUGUCAGCAAAGGAUCUCUUGAAAAGCUCCUCUUUUACGGGGAAACGAGACUAUCAUGGAAAGAGAAAAUGAAACUUGCAUUGGACGUGGCUAGUGGUCUGCUGUAUCUACAUGAGGAGUGUGAAGUCCGAAUCAUCCAUUGCAAUAUAAAUCCUCGAAACAUACUCAUGGAUGAAGCAUGGACUGCAAAAAUAUCUGAUUUUGGAUUGGCAAGGUUCAUAAGGAGGGGUCAUUCAAGAACCAAAAUAGGAGAUGAUGGCACAAGCAGGUACUUGGCACCCGAAUGGCAGAAGGAGGAUGCAUCAAUAUCAGUAAAAGCUGACAUAUAUAGUUUUGGGGUGGUACUACUGGAGAUUAUUUGCCACAGAAAAAGUAUAGAGAUGAAUAAUAUUUCCUCGGCUGAUGAAAUCCUUCUCUCCAAUUGGGCAUAUCAAUGUUUUGCAUCUGGACAAUUAAACAAGCUAAUUGCACAUGAUGAAAAUGAUGUAGAUUGGAAGAUAUUGGAAAUAUUGGUGAAAGUCGGAUUGUGGUGUGUGCAAGACCAACAAUCUCUCCGUCCUGCAAUGAAGAAUGUAAUAUUGAUGUUGGAAGGUUUGAAAGAUAUUCCAGUUCCUCCCUCUCCAGCUCGCUUGGUUGAGUAGUCUUGUAGGGAUAUUGUGUUCCUAUGUGAUUUAUUAUUUGUGCUAUGCAGUUUCAUUUUUAUCUUGAAUUUGUUGUUCAGGUUGUGUACUAUAUCAAAGGUUGUUUAAUGAUGUGAUAUUAAAUAAUUGGCAUUUUUUUUUGUGUCUUUAUAAGACCCGUUUCAAAUUUUCAAGAGCAUUAAUUACUUUUUUUUUUUUUACCAACAUACCCCUAAUUAUAGUGUAUUUUUUUCUACAAUAUGUAAUAAAUAAUUUAAACAAAACAU